AUGACUGCAAACAACAUCACGACAGGUGAUACCACCGAUGCCGCCGCCGCUGAUGCGAAAGCACGGACAUCGCAGCUCCGUCGCGCAAUCUUUCUCAUGGUGUUGAUCAACAUCGUGCUGCCGAUCGUGCUCUUCGCGGUCGUGUCCAAGUACAUGGCCGAAGUGUGGGCGCUGCUGCUGUCGGGGGUUCCGCCGGCGCUGGAAGCCAUCGUUCACGUUCUCCGCGACCGCCACCUGGACGUGGUGCCGUGCGCGGUCGUCGCGUCCAUUUGCGUGUCGGCAAGCGUCGCCGCGGCCACGUCGGACGCGCGGCUGUUGCUUGUCAAGGAUUCAUUCCUGACUGUCGGAUUCGGCCUGACGUUUCUGGGCUCCAUGUGCUUGUCCAACGAGAAUCUCAUUUGGUACUACAACCGCCAGUUCAACGGACCCGAAGCAAAGGCGCGCCUCGAUGCCAUGUACGCAUACCCUGCAGUGAAACAGGUGACCACCACCAUGUGCUGGGUGUGGGGCGGGGGGCUGCUGGCCGAAGCGGCGGUGCGCAUCGUCCUCAUCUACGUGCUGGAAGUGCAUGUGAUGGCGUAUGUCAGUCCUGUGAUCAUGGCCGUCACGUUCACAGCAUUGGGGGGGUGGAAUUCGUGGUAUGUCAAGCACGUCCAGGCAAAGUACAAAGCUGAGGCCGUCGUAGUAGUAGCACCGGGGGAAGCAGCGAGCAGUCCACACGUCGAAUCAGCCCCCCAAGUCACCCCGUUUGAGAGGCGGUCCAGUUCGUUGUCGGCCUAACAACCAUCCAAACGAUACAAUUAGUUCAACGAGAUAUCC